AUGUCUUUGUCAACAAAAGCUUAUUUUCAUCAACUCUGUUCAAGUGACUUUGUUGAUAAAAAUUCGAACUGGUCAAACAUUUUGUAUUCCUAUGGAAUCGAUGACGAACGUCCUUAUGAUGACUUUCGCGUAUUCGCUUUACCACAAUUUCUUACUUUAUCUUUACUAUGUGAUGCGGCAAAUAGAACAUUUAUAAAUAAUUUGGUUCGAUUUAACUCAAAAAUACUAAUUAGUAAGGAAGUUCAGUCAUCAGACAUCGUUGAGUUUCAAGUGGCAAGUGAAGUGACACGAUUUUGUAGAUCAACAUAUGAAAGAUUUGUUUGGAUGUUAGAUUUCGUUGGAAAUAUAGCGCAAGGCAAUGGACUUGAUUCAUUUAUUCAAUCAAUCUGGUAUUUUCAAACACUACGAAAAGAAGAUCUGGCUGCAUUAUGGAUGAAGCCACGAUCAUGUGGAAAUGACAACAGUUGUUCGUGUGGAACGAAUUUCACGUGUAGUUCAUCAGCUAUUAUCAACAAUUAUUCAAUAUCUGGAUUUCGGAUUGGUUGUUUCGUAACCAAUUCUCUUUUGCAAUCAACUUUAGAAUGUCUUUACAAUCUGACAUGUAUUAAUCUUUUGGAAUCAUUUUAUUCUAUACAAGAUGUUCGUAUUUUGCCAUUGAAUCCAAAUCUUUCUUCUCCAAAUGAAACUGUUCAAAGUCUUGUUGCCCAUCUGUUCAUUGAUACGAAACAAAGUAAUGUUUCUUAUGAAAAAUAUGAUGAAACGUGUUCGCCUCGUUUAUGUCAAUAUUCAAUCGAAGAACGUAUUCAUGUGCUUUAUACAAUUACAGCCAUCAUCGGCUUUUAUAGAGGAUUGACUGUUGCAUUAGAAAUUGUAGCUACUAUUUUAGUGAAUACAGGACUGUUCAUUCUUCGAUGUCAACAAAAUAGAAUUCAUCCGGAAAAUGUCUAUUAA